UGCUGGAGCAGAGCGGGCUGUCAGUAGUACGUUAUUUGGGAUUAACGCAGCAGGGAGGCUGUUUAAUCGUCUGUAUUUCAGCUGUAACUCUGCGUACUGACUUUUCUCUGCUUAUAGAGGAAUUCUACACAAACACCAGUGGACGGAUCGCUGUGUACUUUAACUGGAAGGGGUUAAAUCCUGCAGCUAAUUGGAUCUAUGGACAUAAUGCUGAUCCUGCCUCCUGCUCUCUCUCCUACAGGAUAUUAUUUCUCCGUUUAGUUUCGUUACCAUGGCAGGAAGGGAGGAAGGUGCCUGAGUGCUUCGUUUGCUGGGCGCUUUAGUUUAUCAGUUUAACUCGUUUUUUAACGCAAAACCGGUUUGGAUCUGAUUAUAGAUCGCCUUUAUCAGUUUAAAGAAGUUCAUGGAGGUCUGCUGCUAGUCGCUGAUCUGGGAUCUUAACGUUAGCAGCAGCAGCAGCAUUGCUCGCCUGCAGCUUCUAAGGCCACUGUACAGGCAGAGUACCUGGACAGAGGCAUUACUAACCUCUAAUAUUUCACCGCGCCUUAGUUUGACAGACAGCCGCCAUCAUUCCGUGCUGUAAGGGCGACCCCAAAAUGUCUUCCAACGGGGACCUGCAAGACGUUGGGAGCUACGGCAGCUUUUGGGAGCCGGGAAACUACAAGAGGACAGUGAAGCGCAUUGACGAUGGAUACAAGCUCUGCAACGAGCUGGUCAGCUGCUUCCAGGAGCGCGCCAAGAUCGAGAAGGCCUAUUCCCAGCAGCUGAACGACUGGGCCAAGAAGUGGAGAGGCGUGGUGGAGAAAGGCCCGCAGUAUGGCACUCUAGAGAAAGCCUGGCAUGCGUUUAUGAACGCGGCCGACCGGCUGAGUGAGAUUCACAUGGAGCUGAAGGAGAGACUGGUUGGAGAGGACAGUGAGAAGGUUCGCAACUGGCAGAAGGAUGCUUUCCACAAGCAGAUGAUCGGAGGCUUCAGGGAGACCAAAGAUGCAGAUGAGGGAUUCCGCAAGGCCCAGAAACCCUGGGUCCGAAAACUUAAAGAAGUGGAGUCCUCCAAGAAGAGCUACCACCAGGCCCGUAAGGAGGAGCGGACAGCAGUGACCCGCGAGACCCACGCCAAGGCUGACACAACCAAGUCCCAGGAGGAAGUGCGCAAGUUCACAGACAGAGUGGAGAAAUGCAACCAGGAGGCAGAAAAGGCGAAGGAGCGCUAUGAGAAAGCUCUGGACGAGCUAAACCGCUGCAACCCGCGCUACAUGGAGGACAUGGAGCAGGUGUUUGAGAUCACCCAGGAGGCAGAGAAGAAGCGGCUAUGUUUCUUCAAAGAGGUGAUGCUGGACAUCCACCAGCAUUUGGACCUUUCCAGCAGUGAUGGGUUUAAGGCCUUGUACCGAGACCUGAGCCAGAGCAUCAAUGCAGCCAAUGACUCGGAGGAUCUGCGAUGGUGGAGGAACACCCAUGGACCUGGCAUGAGCAUGAACUGGCCCCAGUUUGAGGAAUGGUCUCCAGAGGCGACUCGCUCCAUCAGCCGUAAGGAGAGGAACAGCCGUGCUGAUGAUAACGUGGUCACCCUGACCAACAUCGUCUCUGCUGGGGAUGAAGGUCAACAGACCCCACAGGACAAUACUCGGUGGCGCGGAGGGGACGCCCAUUACGAGAGCCUCACUGACUUGUCCCAGAGCACAGCUGCUAAAGACUACUCCUCUGACUGGUCUGAUGAAGAGAGCCCCAAGAAGUACAUAGCAGCGAACGGCGUGGAGGCGGAGGAGGAGGAAGAGAAGGUAGCGGGUGUGCGCGUUAGAGCUCUGUAUGAUUACACUGGCCAAGAGGCUGAUGAGCUGAGCUUUAAAGCAGGACAAGAGUUGAUGAAGCUGGGGGAGGAGGACGAGCAGGGCUGGUGUAAAGGGCAGCUGGACAGCGGAGAGGUGGGCCUCUACCCUGCUAACUACGUCCAAGUCAUUGCGUCCUGAUGACCCGCCCCGCCCCGGACGAGACCCACCACCAAUCUAAACAGCUAAAGAACACUGAACUGCAGCAGCGGCGGCUGCGAAACGGCUCUGAAAUGCUGCACUGCAGAAAAGAGCCGGAGCUGCUGACCAUCGCUACAUCACACAGCGAACUAUUUCCUUUAUCGACGGGCUAGAGACUUUAGCGUCACGCCGCCGUAUUUCAUCCCAGUCCUUCGGCUUUGUCAGAGACAUUACCGGUACAGUGCCUUUAUGGGAGUAUGCGGAUGCCAGGGACAGAAGCAGAGCAUGGCUGCUGUAUCAUUAUCACACCAAAAGCACACUAGCAGCCAGCAACCUUACAGAUUUUUACGUUAUUUUUGAAGGGAUGAUUAUUCUUGGAGAGAACAUGAGGCUCUUUUCUUUGGAGGUUAUUAAGAGAAAGAGAAAUACGCAGUUACUGAUGACUCUUCUGUCCUGUACAGUCUUUUUCUUUGUUAAUUAUGUGUGUGGUGUUUAACGAUUCUCAGCUGUAGGACAGAUCGUUUCAAGUAUUUAUUUUCUUCCAGAUCAAAUCGGCUUUGGUUUUCUUUUUUCUUUUCACAAGCGCAUGUUGUUGCCAUGUACAUAUCCUUUUCUUUAUCAUGUCGAGUAGUCGAGGUGAUUUAGGUUAAAGUCUAAUGGCUGGUAAAGCAGUAUAUAUACACUACACUCUUAGAAAUAAAGGUGCUAUAAAGGGUUCUAUGAGCGAUGCCGUACAACAGGGGUACAUAAACUUCUGCAACUUGUGGCCCACAUAACCCACCACUAAAUGCUUAAAACGCUGCUUAAAAUAACAAAAAGCAAAUAUAGCACAACAAUCAGUGUUUAAUAUGCCUUAAAAUCUUUCAUUCUUAUACAGUAAUAAUAGAAACCAUUCACUUACAGUAAUAUAAGUAAACUAGCUUUUUAUUCACCCAGCUAGCUUUGUUAAUUCCAGACUAAUCAAUAAGCUUAGCCUAAAUAUAAGGUUUUACUUUUGCAAAUAAUUAACUUGUCGCACCUCACUUUACAUAGUGUGAGGUAUAUAUAUUUUUAAAAAAAAAAAAAGAGCAUUUGUUUUUGCCAAAACCCAUUUGUAGUAAAAUGAUGUAUUAUACAGUUAUGCUUUUUAUUUUUUGUAAAGAAGAUGUUUAAAAGUAUAAAGAAAUUGCUAGAAAGGUUCUUUACCUAUUAAAAGUCUUUACCCACACCAAAAAUGUUUUUUUUAUUUUUUUUAUUCAAAAUGUUUUUGUAUGGCAUCACUUAAAGAAUCCCUGUGUAGCAUCUUUUUUUAAGAGUGUACUGAUGAAAAAGUUUAGAAUCACUGUUUUCAAUAAAAUAAAAAAUGGUUUGAGUUCAGAAAAAUGGAAAUUUGGAAAAAAAAUGGAAAUUUAAAAAGUAAUAACAAUAAAUACAGAAAUAAUUGUGCAACAAAUGUCGUGAUCAAGUCUUGAUCAAGUUAAGAAAACCUAAUAAUUUUAUAAACCAAAAAUGACAGUAUUUUAUUCAUAAUAAUGCUCCAAAAUAUUAAGUAAACAUUGAAAAAAACAUUUAAAAUUACAUGUUAUGUACAAGUUAUUGUAUAUAUGCUGGUUGUAUGUCCAGCAGGAUUCUCUGACACAGGUCUCAAAGUGUAAACAGGUUUUUGUUUUUUUCUUCAAAACUUUCAAUUGUGAGUGUGAAGCUUGUUUUUUUUUCUGUUUGUUUUGUUGUAUAAUAAGAAUUUAUACACUAUGAGGAAUUUAAGUAACAGAAUGGGUAGAGGUUGUUGAUUUUCCAGAUUUUCAGGCUUGUACAGGAAUCAAAAAUAUUUCAAAUCAGCUAGAUGAUGUUUUAGUUAUUUUUUAUGCUUUAUUUUCUGUUUUUACGUGGAGAACAGGCACAUUUCUUCAGCCAAGCUUAACCGCCUAAAGAGAAAGACUCAGAGCAGUGACUUAUUUCAGGUUAUAUGAGCAGGGGUGUGUGUGUGUAUAUGUGUGUGUUCAUCAUUUUUUGUCUGUCAGCACAAAGAGUGUAUAAAAGAUUGAUUUCAUAAAUGUGGUCCUGAAUAAGACCUAAUCCCUGUGCUUCUGGUCUUCAUCUCCAGGCUUCACAUGUGCACAGCUCUGAACAUGGAUUUACCUUAAACUACUGUAACAGUCUGUACUAAUCAAUGUAAACGUCCAAAUAAACGCGAAUGAAUCUGUUA